CUGAGGAGGGGCUGAUUUUAAUAUCAUGGCGAUAUUUAUCACAUUUCACGCUUUUUGUGAGUGCAAGACGCAGUAAAUUUGGGCGUAUGGUUACGCAAUACACUGUUUACUAAGAAUAGCCUAUAUAUUUGUAUUGUUUAGCCUAUAUAUUUGUAUAAGACCGGUAAAUAUCGAGUUUUCUUUGGCACUUUUCAAGCAUUUUGUAAAUGCAAGACGCGGCAACUUGGGCGUAUAUGCUUACGCAAUGAACUGUUUACUAACAAAAAAGCCUGUUUUAUCGCUGUAUUUCUCGAUACAUUGCACAAUAGCCUAUAUAUUUGAACAUAUAUUGAGGCAGUCUGUAUAGUCGGUCAAAUGUUGUUGUUUUUUGCCACUUUUUCGCCAUAAUCAACCCGAAUGAUGACUGAAUCCUCCCAGCGGUUUUCCAACGCCACGUCGCGCUGCCUUCAGCCAGACUUCCAGAACAAAAGCGCUUGUCAUUAUUAAAGUUUAUCGUCUGUCUCCACACUAAACUAAACUUCAACAAAACUGAUGUGAACUUCGACCGAGUGUCCGUUUAUUCUGAAGAGGAUAUGGCUUUGUUUGUGCUCCUCAUCCUCGGUCUUCCAGCGUGUGCGUCCAUGAGAUCAAACCGAGAGGACUUCGAUGAUUUUCGGGUUGAAGAAAAGCCAGAAGCUGCAGCUUUUAAACCCAAACAACCUCCACAUAUCAUCUUUAUUCUGACCGACGACCAAGGCUUCAAUGACAUCGGCUACCACAGCGGGGAGAUCCGAAGCCCGACGCUGGAUAAACUGGCCUCGGAGGGGGUCCGGCUGGAGAACUACUAUGUCCAGCCGCUGUGCACGCCGUCCCGCAGCCAGCUCAUCACAGGCAGGUAUCAAAUUCACACCGGCCUCCAGCACUCCAUCAUCAGGCCACGUCAACCCAACUGCCUUCCUCUGGAUGUGGUCACGCUCCCUCAGCGCCUUCAGGAAAUCGGCUACUCCACUCACAUGGUUGGGAAGUGGCAUUUGGGUUUCUAUCGGAAAGACUGUUUGCCAACACGCCGCGGAUUUCACACUUACUUCGGUUCAUUGACCGGCAGUGUGGACUACUACACAUAUGGCUCAUGUGACGGCAAGUCACUGUGUGGAUUUGACCUCCACGAAGGAGAGUCAGUGGCUUGGGGGAGAGCAGGGAAGUACUCAACUCACCUCUACACCCAAAGAGUGCGCAAAAUAUUAGCCACACACGACCCAACCAGUCAGCCCCUUUUUAUUUUCCUUUCCCUUCAGGCGGUGCAUACUCCUCUAAAGCCGCCCAAAGAGUACAUCUACCCAUACCGCAACAUAGGCAACGUUCCUCGCAGGAAAUAUGCAGCAAUGGUUUCUAUAGUUGACGAGGCAGUCCGGAAUAUAACAUAUGCACUGCGCAAGUAUGGCUUCUACCGAAAUAGUGUUGUCAUAUUCUCCACUGAUAAUGGGGCGCAACCACUAACAGGGGGCAGUAAUUGGCCCCUACGAGGGUGUAAGGGAACAUAUUGGGAAGGUGGCAUUAGAGGAGUGGGUUUUGUGCAUAGUCCCUUGAUACGCCAUCGAAGAAGGGUUAGCAGAGACCUUAUUCACAUUACCGACUGGUAUCCAACUCUAGUUGGACUUGCUGGGGGAAAUGUGUCCCAGCAUCAGGGGUUAGAUGGGUUUGAUGUUUGGCCAACUAUUAGCGAGGGGAAAGAAUCACCACGAUUAGAAAUUCUUCAUAAUAUUGACCCUCUUAAUCGCCGCAGUCGGGGUUCACUUAAGGAUGGCUAUGGACUUUGGGACACCAUCGUACAGGCGGCCAUUAGAGUAGGUGACUGGAAGCUCCUGACAGGUGAUCCUGGGAAUGGGGAUUGGGUGCCGCCACAUGUCCUUACAAACUUCCCCAGCAGCUGGUGGCACCUGGAGCGAGAUAUUGGAGAAAAGAGGAAAUCAGUUUGGCUUUUCAAUGUAACAGGUGACCCUUGUGAACGGCAUGACCUUGCGGUGCACAGGCCUGAUGUUGUUAAGGAGCUGCUAGCAAGGCUAGCCUUUUACAAUCGCACCGCAAUACCUGUCCGCUACCCGCCUGAUGAUACCCGUGCCAACCCUAGUGCGAAUGGAGGGGCAUGGAGACCUUGGGUGGGGGAAGAUGAGGAGGAGGAAAACUGGGACGGAGUUUAUUAUAAGAGAGGAAAGAAUCGCAAAAGGAAGAAAUGUAAGCUCUGCAAGUUGCAAUCUUUUUUUAAGAAGUUCAACUUAAAGAUCAUGUCAAAACAAAUAUAGGGAUCUUCCGGUAUUGGAUAUCACUGAUAAGACUAAACUUAAUUGCUGACCAUGUACAGGGGUUGGACAAUGAACCUGAAUAAUUAAUUAGUAUGGUGUCCGGCCUCCUUUUGCCGCCAGUACAGCAUUAAUUGCCCUUGAAAAUGACAGAUACAAGUCUUGCUAAGUAGUCAGAGGGAUUUUGAGCUAUAUUUCUUGCAGAAUAGUGGCCAGGUUACUACGUGAUGCUGAUAGAGGAAAACCUUUCCUGACUCGCUCCUCCAAAACACCCCAAAGUGGCUCAAUAAUAUUUAGAUUUUGUGACUGUGCAGGCCAUGGGAGAUGUUCAACUUCACUUUCAUGUUCAUCAAACCCCUCUGUCACCAGUCUUGCUGUUUGUAUUGGUACAUUAUUAUCCUAAUACAUGGAACGACCUUCAGGAUACAAUGUUUGACCCAUUGGGUGCACAUGGUCCUCCAGAACGGUUCAGUAGUCCUUGGCAGUGAUGUUCCAUCUAGCACAAGUAUUUGGCAUAGGGAAUGCCAUGAUAUUGCAGCCCAAACCAUCACUGAUCCACACCCAUGCUUCUGGGCAAGCAACAGUCUGGGUGGUUCACUUCUUUGGGGCUUCUCCACACAGUAACUCUCCUGGAUGUGGGAACGACAGUGAAGGUGGACUCAUCAGGGAACAAUACAUGUUUCAAAUUGUCCACAGCCCAAACUUUUUGCUCUAACACCAUUGAAUCAGAUGUUUGGCAUUGGCACGGGUGACUAUAGCAGUCGGCCAUGUAUAUUGACCCUGUGAAGCUCCUGAUCAACAGUUUUGGUGGAAACAGGAGAGUUGAGGUGCACAUUUAAUUCUGCUGUGAGUUGAGCAGCUGCGGUUUUAUGUUUUGGGAUACAAUCCAGGCUAUCAGAUGGUUUCCUCUUGUGUUUACAGUUACUCCUGUUGGAUGUGAAUCUUCUUCUUGGUGGUUUGCUGACAUUACUCUGGAUACUGAUAAUCACAAAGACUUGCUGUCUCGGUCACAGAUGCGCCAGCAAGACGUGCACCUACAAUCCUCUUGUGAACUUGGAUGUCACCCAUCAUGUUGCAUGCACUGCCAUAUUUUAAGCAAAUCUGUGCUAUUACUCUGCUUAUUAAGCCUUCACACUCUGCUCUUACAGGUGGAAUCAAUGAAGAUUGGCCACCAGGCUGCUCAAAUUUAGUUAUGAAACCUCCAACACUAAAUUGUUUCAGUUUCAUUGUCCAAACCCUUUAAAUAACCUAAUGCCAGGCAUACAGUGUGCAAUUUACAUCCGAUUUUGAGCCAAAGUGUGACUCUUCUUUGAAUCUAGACAAAUUUCAGCCUUGUCGUGCCGUGUUCAUGCGGUAUACAUGGAGAACAGAGAGGAAAUUAACCUGUCCCGAUGGGCAAUCAGAUGAUUUUCGGAUAUGUCAGCCCUUAUGCUCUUCAGUGUUUGGACUUUCAGCAGUAAAAAUUAAACCACACUGAACUCAACUCAACUAAACUGUGAAAACUGGACUGACACAUUUUCCAUUUACUAGA